AUGAAUUCCGUAACGACGCCAUCCUCGAACCAGCCUAGCAUCGCUCAACAAGAGAACGGAGAGCACAACCACCAUCACGAACAUCACAACUGCUGCAAUCAUCACCAAGAUGUCGUCGACGUUUCACCAACAGUUGUUGAACAAUCCAUUGUUAAUGGAAAACCAAUUCUAGUCAAUUAUGCUGAAAAAUAUGUCAAGCAUGUUGACUGUGAAUGCUGUGCUGAUGCUGGCUUUGAAGGUCCAGAGAAGAGAUUGGAAGUUGACUUCCGUCCCAAGAAGAGUGAUUUACCAGCCUAUCAAGAAUACUUGUCUCACCACAAUGAUGCUAAUAGUAGUGAAGAAGAAGAAACUGCUAAUCCAAAUUAUUACAACUUGAUGAAUAUUAGCGAUGAGACAUGGCAAUCUAUGCUUGAUCUGGCUUGUUGUAGAAUCCUUUCAAAGAAGGAGAACGAACACUUUUCUUGCUAUGUCUUGAGUGAAUCUAGUUUGUUUGUGUUCAGAAGAAAGAUUGUCAUCAAGACAUGUGGUACCACAACCUUGUUAGGAAUUUUAAAGAGAAUGAAAGAAAUUGCAGAUUCUCAAGGUUUAGAGGCUGAGCUUGUUAUUUAUAGUAGAAAGAACUUUGUUUUCCCUCACAGACAACCACACCCACACUCAUCAUUUGAAGAAGAAUUGAGAUAUUUGACUGAGGAAUAUCCUGGUGGUGAGGGCCACGUUGUUGGUUCGGUUUUGAGUGACCAUUGGUAUCUCUACAUUUGCGACAUGCAAGGUGUUGAUGACCAAAUUAGAAAGGAUCCAGACCAAACUUUGGAAGUUUUAAUGCACGAUUUGGAUCCUGAGGUAAUGAAGCAAUUCAUGGAAGCUUCUAGAAAAGAUAGACCAACUGGAAUGACCAUUGAACAACAAUCAGGCAUUGACAAGUUGUUGCCUGGAUCAGAGAUUGACUCUUUUGAGUUUGACCCAUGCGGAUACAGUAUGAACGGAUUAUUGGGCAAAUGUUACUGGACUAUCCAUAUUACUCCAGAAGAUCAUUGUUCAUUUGUCAGCUUUGAGACUAACGUUAAGAGCUCUAAAGUUCAAUACUAUUCUGAACUCAUUGAAAGAGUUGUUCAUACUUUCCGUCCUGGACGUUUCACUGUCACGCUUUUUGCUGAUGACCACUGGGACAUUAGACACGAAGAUCAUACUCUUCACAGAACUCCAAGCACAGAUGACCACACCACCUUAUUAGACAAGGAGUCAUUCCAAAUCCACAACUCAAACUUGUUAAAGACUUAUAACGCAUUUACCAACUUGGCAUUGGGAGAUGAAUACAAAUUGAAGAGCAAGACAUUCUACGAAUUUACUGGAGGUUACAACUUGACCUUUACCAACUUUGCCAAAAUUGUCAACAAUUAA